UAAUAAUUCCGUUUCUUGGAUUUGUUAAACUCUUAAUAGUGGAGUUAAAAAUUCCUACAACUCUGCAGACAAUGUCAUGAAAUUAUUGAUGGCAAAAAGAAGUACUUCUCUAUUACUUUUUUCGCGAUAGAUGGAACAAGUUAACUCCAAAGUUGCCGAUAAAACUUGUUCUCUAUAUAUUCCAUGGUUCUCUAUAAACAUAACUUAAUCGAAGUAGUUGAAAAAUCAAUAAUAUAAUAACUCCGUUUUAUUUUAGUCUUCAUGUUUUUGCCGUGUUAAAUUUAUCAAACAUUUAUUUGUUUUACUUCAAUUUCAUUGAAGAAUACGAUGGAGAGUGAGAACAUUUUUCUGUUUGUUCCUAACAUAAUCGGUUUUGCAAGAGUAGUUCUUGCCAUUAUAUCUUUCUAUUUUAUGCCAACAAAUUAUGUUGUGGCUGGUUGGUGCUAUAUUACCAGUGCUCUACUAGAUGCAUUCGAUGGCCAUGCAGCAAGAUAUUUCAAUCAGAGUACUAAGUUUGGCAGUAUGCUCGAUCAGUUAACAGAUCGAGUUGGAACAAUGUGUUUAUUAGUUGCACUAAGCAUGUUUUACCCCAAAUACGCGUUUUGGUUUCAAUUGAGCAUGGCUAUUGACAUUUCCUGUCACUGGAUUUAUUUCCAUACAACAAUUUUACAAGGAAAGACUUCUCACAAAUUCAUUGAUAUGUCAGAAAAUCCAAUCAUGAGUAUCUAUUAUACUAAUCGAUUAGUUUUAUUCAUUAUGUGUGCUGGUAAUGAGAUGUUCUAUGCAAUCUUGUAUUUUCUGCAUUUUACCGAAGGACCACUGAUAUUCGGAAAAAGUUUAUUCAUGAUUCUAUUGUGGAUAUCAACACCGAUUGCAUUCGUGAAAACUUGUAUUUCUCUUCUCCAUGGGUAUGUUGCCGCUAUCAAUUUGAGUAUAAUUGAUGUAAACGAGCGUCGAAAUAUGAAAAAAGUAAAAUAAUUUUUUGUGGAUGUUCCAAGUUAUGUGCCAACUUUUUGUCUUUAUUAUAAGUUUAUAAAAACAUUAUUUAUUAGAGAAGUGUGCUAGUUGUAAUUAUAAUUGAAUUUAUAAAUACAAUUUGUAAAGCAUUUAUCGAAAUAGAGAAGGUUGAAAUUAUAUGUGUGUAAUAUAUAAUAUAUAUUAUAACAUAAUAUAAAUGACAGAGUUUAAAAUAAAUUAUAAUAUUAAAUUA